AUGCUGACUCCUAGUCUUUCUCUUCUGGCUCUUGCGCUGGGUGCUGCCGCUACCAGCAGCCAUCAUGGCUCGGCUUCUCAAUAUGACUUUGUCAUUGUGGGUGGAGGUACCAGCGGAUUGGUUGUCGCCAACAGACUCUCAGAGUUGAAAAACGUCACAGUCGCUGUCAUUGAGGCUGGAGAUUCCGUUUUCAACAAUGCCAACGUCACCAAUGUCCAGGGAUACAGUCUCGCCUUUGGAACCGAAAUCGAUUGGGCUUAUGAGACCGCCAACCAGACAUAUGCUGGUGGAUCAAAGCAGACUAUCCGUGCUGGAAAGGCUAUCGGUGGUACAAGCACCAUCAACGGAAUGUCCUACACCCGAGCCGAAGAUGCGCAGAUCGACAACUGGGAACGUGUUGGCAAUAAGGGUUGGGGAUGGAACGACCUUUUGCCCUACUACAAGAAAUCCGAAGACUUCCAGAUUCCCACCAAGGACCAAGCAUCUCUGGGUGCUAGCUACACCGCUGCAGUGCACGGUCGCUCUGGGCCCCUCAAGGUCGGCUGGCCCAAGUCAAUCACCAAUGGCACUGUCUUCGUUGUUUUGAAUGAAACAAUGAGCCACCUCGGAGUGGAGUACAAUCCUGAUGUGAACAGUGGCCACAUGAUUGGCUUUACUGAUCACCCGGAUACUCUCGAUAGAGAAAGAAACAUCCGCGAAGACGCCGCUCGCGCGUAUUAUUGGCCAUAUGAGACUCGGUUUAACUUGAAGAUUAUUUCCAACACCCAAGCAAACAAGAUCAUCUGGGCGAACAACACACACGGUGAAGCUGUCGCUGUCGGAGUUGAAGUUUCCAAUGCCUAUGGAACACAAAACAUUUAUGCUAAGAAGGAGGUGAUCCUGUCAGCUGGCUCGCUUCGAUCCCCACAACUCCUUGAGCUAUCUGGUGUUGGAAAUCCCGACAUCCUCAGCCGCUACAACAUCUCCACCAGGGUCGCUCUCCCAGCUGUUGGUGAGAACCUGCAGGAUCAGACUAACAACGCUCUGACCUGGGAGUCUACCGAGACUUUGUCUGGCCUUGCAACUUUCUCCGCUCUGGUGUCAGUAGACCAGCUUUACGGCAAGAACGUGUCGGCUAUCAGGUCACAAAUUGAUACCGAUAUUGUUCGUUACGCUAAGACUCUGUCAAAGAAGUCCAACGGUGCCGUGAAAGAAGACCAUCUUUUGAAUGUCCUGGAGAUUCAACGUGAUCUCAUUUUCGAGUCUCUCGUUCCUUACGCGGAGAUUGUGUUUGCGCCUAGUGGACAGGCCUUCGCAUGUGAAUACUGGCCCCUUCAGCCCUUCUCGAGGGGAAGUGUCCAUAUUCAGUCCGCGAACGUCUCUCAAACACCAAACAUUGACCCGAACUACUUUAUGUUUGGACAAGAUGUCGAUGCCCAAGUUGAUGUUGCCCAGUAUAUUCGCAAGCUCUUUGGAACUGCACCCUUGACAGGAAUUGUGGGAGAUGAACUUUCUCCUACCUCCGAAAUUCUUCCUAAGAAUGCCUCCAGCGCUACUUGGGAGAACUGGGUCAAGGAAAGUUACCGACCCAACUACCACCCCGUUGGUACCAACGGCAUGCUCCCAAGGGAGAAGGGCGGAGUCGUCAGCUCCGAUCUCCGGGUCUAUGGUACCAAGAAUGUCCGUGUGGUCGAUGCCUCGAUUGUGCCGUUCCAGAUCUCUGGUCACUUGACCAGCACUCUGUACGCCAUUGCCGAGAAAGCCUCGGACUUGAUCAAGGAGAGUCAUCGC